CAAACUAUACAUAAGAAUCCAAUCAUACGUUCCCCAUUUCCUCCUUCCUCUUCAACUUCCAAGGCUUCAACAGUCUCGUCCCAUCUCUUUCUCUUUCUACCCUGCAAGUUUCUCUCUCUAAAAAUCUCCCACCAUGUCGACCUCCGCCCCGACCCUCAACUUCUGCGGCGUCCUCUCCGAAUCGAAGCGCAUCAUCAACGCCCACUCCCGCCACUUCCUGGCCCUCUCCGUCCUCUUCAUCCUCCCUCUCUCUUUCUCUCUCAUCAUGUACCCAACCCUCGAACAAACCCUCUUCCAAUCCUCUCCCAGGAACUCCAAACUCCUCCUCCAAUUCACUGACUCGCACACCUCCCACCAUAACCUCCAAACCCUAGCCUUCCCUCUCCUCUACACCCUCUUCCUCUUUCUCUUCUCUCUCUUCGCCCUCGCCUCAAUCACCUACAGCACCUUCCACGGAUUCUACGGCAGACCCGUCAAAAUCGCCUCCGCUAUCAAAUCCCUCUUCUACUCUUUCCUACCCCUAUUGGCCACAUCGUUUGUUUCACAUAUGGUGAUCGGUUUGAUUUGUGCUGGGUUUGCUCUUGUAGUGUUUUCUAUGAUCAAAGGGGUUGAAUUUCUAGGGUUUGAGAUUGAUUACGAUUCGAAUUACUUUGCUGGGGUUUAUGUUGUGGCUUUGAUUUUUUAUUUGGUGGUGUUGGUGUAUUUACAAGUGAAUUGGGCAUUGGCGUUUGUGAUUGUGGUUGUGGAAUCGAAAUGGGGGUUGGAGCCGUUGCGGCGGAGCACGUAUUUGGUGAGGGGGAUGAGAGGGGUGUCGUUGUCGUUGUUCUUGUUUUUCGGUGCUUUGAUUGGGGUUCUGGUGUGGAGCAGUGCGGUGUCGGCUGCGGCGAAUUUGAGUGGUGUUACUGAUGGGUGGAAGAGUUGGGCGUUCAUUGGUCAGAUUGUGGUGAGUUCGAGUUUUCUGACUAUGGCAAUGCUUCACAAUGUGGCUGCAAACACUGUGUUGUACAUGUAUUGUAAGGCCAUUCAUGGUGAAUUGGCUUGGGAGAUUGCGGAGGAGUUUGCUCGAGACUAUAUUAGCUUGCCUUUCGAUGAUGAGAAGGUUCCUCAUGUUGUCUCUGUUGUUCAAGCUUAAUAAGGUUUGAGGUUAGUAGUGGGCUUGUCAUGUCUCUACUUUUAGUUUGUGGUUUGUUGGGCGUUGUUUGCUUAUGUAUUGCUGUUUUUACUCUGUGUAUAAUAACAAAGAAAUGUGAUGAUGACGAAUCCGAGACUUGUAGAUACUACUGGAUUGUCAAUUUAAUUUUUGUUAAAGCUUGAUGAUGCUUUUGAAUGAAAAGGAUUCUUAUUAUGUUA